GUCACCAGCGGGCGCGCGCUUGUUUCGGUUUUUUUGAACGCGUCGCGGGAGAAAGUCUUGAGGUGAAACAUCGGAGCGGGAACCGGAACCGGCGGAAACCAUGGCGACGGCGGAGAACUGCUUCAAGACCCCCUGUAAGGUGGAGCGGAAGAAGAGCUCCGGAUCCUCCUGCCAGUCCCCAUCCUUCACUCUCCCGGCCUCACCGUUCAUGAAGAAAUUCGGUUACGGCACCGGAGUCAGCGUCUACCUCAUGAAAAGGUCUCCUAAAGGUUUGUCCCGCUCUCCCUGGGCAGUGAAGAAGGUGAAUAAACAGUGUGAUAAGUCCAGUAAGAACCUGUAUGAGAAGAGACUAAAUGAAGAGGCUAAAAUCCUUAAAAACCUGCAGCAUCCCAACAUCAUCGGUUACCGUGGCCUGACCAAGACUACAGAUGGCAGCCUGUGCCUCGCCAUGGAGUUCGGCGGAGAGAAGUCUCUGAACGACCUCAUAGAGGAGCGGAGUGAGAAGAAGCUGGGCCCCUUUCCUGCAGACAUCAUCCUGAAGGUGGCGCUGAACAUGGCGCAGGGACUAAAGUACCUGCACAAUGAUAAAAAAAUCCUACAUGGAGACAUCAAAUCAUCCAACGUCGUCGUCAAAGGCGACUUCGAGUCCAUCAAAAUCUGUGAUGUCGGGGUGUCCCUGCCGCUGGACGAGAACAUGACCAUGAGUGAUCCGGAGGCGUAUUACAUCGGCACCGAAUCCUGGAAGCCCAAGGAAGCACUGGAUGAAGACGGGGUGAUCACUGAUAAGUCUGACAUCUACGCCUUCGGUCUGACUCUGUGGGAGAUGAUGACCCUGUCCAUCCCUCAUGUCAACCUGACGCCUGAAACUGACGACGAUGAAGACGACUCGUUUGAUGAAGACGACUUUGAUGAGGACGCCUACUACGAAGCCCUGGGGACCCGUCCGCCUCUCAACAUGGACGAGCUGGACGACUCCUACCAGCGCGUCAUUGAGCUGUUCUUUAUGUGCUCAAGUGAGGACCCCAAAGAACGCCCCUCUGCUGCGCAGAUCGUUGCGGCCUUGGAGGCAGAGAAUAUCCAAUAAGUAUAUCUUAUAGGCUGCGCAAGAUGUGGGGUGUCGCCAUAAUUUUUUAUUUUUAUUUUUUUUGUUUUUAAGCAGCAUCUUCCAUAGAAAACAAAGUUAGUUGGUUUCAGUUUUGCUAUUCGGAAAAAAAAGGUAUUUAUAAUUUACUAAAUCUACUUUAAAGGUUAGAAGAGUGCCCCUAGAGGUGAGGGGAGAACUGCACUUCAGUAAAGGAUUUGUCUGUUUUGUUGUCUUUUGUUGUUAUAUCAAUGUUUAUACAUGUUGUUAUGUUCACAUAAUAAAAGAAAUGUCACGGGUGAUAAUUUA